UUCUCAUAUUUCUAUUUCAGCAGCAGUGCACAGAAUGGCUAUAGUGGGAGCAGUAGGCCUAAGCCGCAGCGAGACAGUAAUGCGUCCAUUCCCACUGCCAAACAGGAGACUGAUGGAAAUACUUUUUCGAGAAGAACAUCAAGGGAACAGACAUCAAUUCCAACGAAGCCAGGCAGAAAUAGCACGGCCUCAGAAGAUUCUGCGGGGUCACCCACAAAACAGAACUGCCAAAACACAAUCGAAAUCAAGCAAGAAAUUAGGAAAUCUCCGCUAGCUAAACUUCGAAAUCCGUUACGAAAAUUGAUGCACAGAGGACAAGCGAAAAAAUCUGGUGGUGCAUACGAGAAGCGACUAUCCCUAGAAAUCAAAGCAGCAAAGACAGUCGCUAUUGUCACUGGCUGCUUCAUAUUCUGUUGGCUGGGAUUCUCACUACUCUAUGGAUUGGAACUGCAGACAAACGAUGUCAUUUGGUCCGUAUUAUUCUGGCUGGGAUAUCUGAACUCAGCUCUGAAUCCUGUGAUCUACACCGUAUUCAAUCGAGAAUUCCGAACAUGCUUCAAGCGAUUACUUACUUGCCAUCAUCUCAACCAUCCAAAUACAAAUAAGGUAAGAGAUAUACAGAUUGUAUCGCUACAAACUUACUGCUACCAAGUGAAAAGAUAG